UCUGAGAAUUUUCACAGCUCUUCAACUGAUAGUACAUGUCUUCGACAUAAACACUGUUGUAUAUCAGAACACUUGAAAUCCAAGUAACGUUCCGGUUAGCCCCACAUGCUCAAAACAUUUUCUAGCAAAUGAAGCUUCGAAUAACUAGAAAGAACUUCGAAUCGACGUUCGUUUAUAUCACUAGUACCGUUAGAAUACUAAUACUUGACGCAGCGCUUUCUUCUUAAGCCCAGUGGAACUCUACCUCAAACCUGUCAACAGUACGUAAUGAAUUCACGGCAACGCUGUUAAGUUCGAGCAAAGUUCUUGCUGCUGGUGGUCUCGCAACAGGCACUGAUCUUGCUAGUUGUGAAAUAUAUGAUCCAUCAACAGGCCAUUGGAACUCUACUGCAAGCAUGGCAGGGGCACGUUAUGGUCACACUGCAACCUUGUUAAGUUCGGGCAAAGUUCUUGUCACGGGUGGUAACGACGGCACUGCUCUUAGUAGUUGUGAGAUAUACGAUCCAUCAACAGGUCAUUGGAACUCUACUGCAAGCAUGAUAGGGGCACGUUUUCAGCACACUGCAACCUUGUUCAGUUCGGGCCAAGUCCUUGCCGCUGGUGGUGAACGGCCGCCCGUUGAUCUUGCUACUUGUGAAAUUUACAAUCCGUGA